UUAGACAGUCGCUUGUACUUGAAUAGCAGGCGUUUGCUGUCGGCAGUAUGGAUCUCCGUACCAUCUGCCGGUCCCUAUUCACUUUAUCGCUGUGAUCGAGUAGUUGUACGCAUCCUCUGACGGCCCCUGGUUUGUAUUAGGGAGGUACUUUAGAAAUAUCCAAGCUCUGUACUUUUUCUUUGGUAUAUAAUGAAACGUCGUUGACUGUGAAGCGGAGAAGCGCUCCGGGUUUUUAAGCGAACAAGGACGGACACAGGGGCUUGAGGCUCGCGGCGACCGGUGAGCCAGGCUCCAGUUUUCUCCAAGCAGGAAGAGUGCUCUCUGGAGAUGUCACGGCACCAUAACCGAUUCGAGAGAGAUUACCGCGGCGUGUGGGAGCGGAGGGACCGGGGAACUGGCCCGGGGAGCGCCGCCAACAGCAGCUGCAACACGACCAACAGCUGUGGAGGUGCCAACAACCGGCCUGGUCUCCUCCCCCUGCCUGUGAUCUCCUCCCUCCUUCCGACCCCCGUCUCUGUCGCCAUGACCACCUGCAGCAGUGACCUGGUGUGCAAGCGCAUCGGUCCCACCUCCACCUCUUCCACAGCGAAGCUUUCUGGCCUCUCGAUGAGUGAAAGUCAGCCGCAGGGGCAAAUCUUGGCCCCAGGGAUCCGGUGGGGUCAGACGCCGAUCGACCAGUCCACGCCCUGGGAGACGGAUGAACCUCCCGCCAAACAGAUGCGUGAGAGCAGCAGCGCAGGUCAGUUGUGGCCGCCUCCUGUGGCCGCAGCGAGCCAGCCGAGCCUUUUAGCGCACACAUAUGGGAUGCCCCAAGCCCCCGUAUACAGCCAAGGAGUGACUGUCCAGGCCCCCGCCAUUGGCGUUAAGCCGGCACUGCAGACCCCCGUCCCCUCUCCACACCCGCUCAUGCCGGCUCACUUCCCGCUCCCGCCGAAUCCCGCCCAGCCUCUCCCCAGCAUGGUGAUGGCCAUGAGUCAACCCCUACACGGCGGUAGCCAACCGCCCAUCACCAUGGCCCCGCUGAGCGGACUCUGUCAGGUGGCGCCUUCCGUGCACAGCACCGUGGGCAACGGUCACAUGUCCCACCCUCUAAUUCCACCAUCCGCCCUGCCUCCCUCCACCCUGCCAGGCGGUACCCCGCUGACCAAUGGGCAAGCGGUUACCCAUGCUGUGCCCCUGCCUCCGACCAAUCAGGAGCAUUCCAACGGACUGCAGAUGCUGCGGACUGUCGGGAUGGGAAAGUAUGAGUUCACUGACCCCGGGCACCCUAAAGAGAUGUUGAAGGAGUUGAACCAGCAGCGCAGAGCGAAAGAGUUUACAGACCUGAAAAUUGUUGUUGAAGGCAAAGAGUUUGAAGUCCACCAAAAUGUUCUAGCUUCCUGCAGCUUGUAUUUCAAGGACCUGGUUAAAAGGUCAUCAGGGGAGAGCGGGAAGGGGGAGAAGCUUGAGCUGUCGAUGAGCAACAUCAGAGCGGACGUCCUGGAACUGCUGCUGGAAUUUGUCUAUACGGGGUCCCUUAUCAUCGACUCCGCCAAUGCAAAAACCCUUCUGGAGGCAGCCAACAAGUUCCAGUUCAAUACCUUUUGCAAAGUUUGUGUGUCCUUCUUAGAAAAACAGCUGACAGCCGCUAACUGCCUGGGGGUGCUGGCCAUGGCCGAGGCGAUGCAGUGCAACGAACUGCACAACAUGGCCAAAGCCUUCGCCCUGCAGAACUUCCCGGAGGUGGCCUGCCAGGAGGAGAUCCUCAACAUCUCCAAGGAGGACUUCGUCAGCUACAUGUCCAACGACAGUCUCAACACCAAGGCCGAGGAGCUGGUCUACGAGACUGUCAUCAAGUGGAUCAAGAAAGACCCUGGCGGCAGAGUACAGCAUGUUUCCGAACUGCUGGCCGUGGUGCGUUUGCCUUUCAUUCACCCCAGUUAUCUCCUGAACGUCGUGGAUAACGAGGACCUGAUAAAAUCCUCGGAAGCGUGCCGCGACCUGGUCAACGAGGCCAAGCGCUAUCACAUGCUGCCUCACGCCCGCCAGGAGAUGCAGACGCCCAGGACUCGGCCGCGGCUCUCCGCAGGUGUGGCAGAAGUGAUCGUAUUGGUGGGCGGACGGCAGGCCAUUGGGAUGAACCAGCGCUCGUUGACCGCCGUCACGUGCUUCAACCCCCAGAACAACAAAUGGUACCCCCUGGCCAGCUUGCCUUUCUAUGACCGCGAGUUCUUCAGUGUGAUUUCAGCGGGUGAUAAUAUCUAUCUGUCAGGUGGCAUGGAAUCUGGAGUUCUGCUGUCAGAUGUGUGGUGUUACAUGUCGCUGCUGGAUAAUUGGAACCUGGUGUCCCGGAUGACAGUCCCUCGAUAUAGACACAACAGCGUGGUGUAUGAUGGGAAACUCUACACCCUUGGAGGACUUGGGUUGGCGGGGAACCUGGAUCAUGUGGAAAGGUAUGACACCAUCACGAACCAAUGGGAGACUGUUUCUCCGUUGCCCAAACCGGUCUAUUCAGCGGCAGCUACGGUGUGUGGGGGCCGGAUCUACGUGUUCGGUGGGGUGAACGAAGCAGGUCGGUCAGCAGGCGUCCUACAGUCUUUCAUACCUCAAACAAAUACGUGGAGCUUCAUAGAGUCACCGAUGAUUGAUAACAAGUUUGCCCCUGCUGUCACGCUGAACGGCUUCAUCUUCAUUCUGGGCGGAGCCUAUGCAAGAGCAACCACGAUCUAUGACCCAGAAAAGGGCAACAUCAAAGCAGGGCCCAGUAUGAACCAUUCAAGGCAGUUCUGCAGCGCUGUCGUCCUCGACGGGAAGAUACACACCACGGGAGGCAUCGUGAGCAGCGAGGGCCCGGCGCUGGGGAAUAUGGAAGCCUUCGACCCCUGCACCAACUCGUGGACGCUCCUGCAGAACAUGCCAUGCCCGCUCUUCCGGCACGGCUGCGUGGUCAUCAAGAAGUACAUCCAGAGCGGCUGAUGGGGCCGGAGUCGACUCUCUCGGGAUCGUCUCGGGAUGCCUCCAGUGGAACUUGUCCUCCCUCAUCCCUGCCCCCCCCUCCACCUACAUGGACGCGUGGGAGCUAAUCUUUGCCAUUAGGCCAAUCCAGGGCCCAGUGCCUUGAGUUAUGUAACAUAAUGUAACUUAACCUGCCCAGAGGCGGGGAGACUGGGUGUUCGAAAGUGGAGCUACAUUCAAUUUAAGUCAGUUGGAUGGAAAGACAGACCCCCCCCCCCCCCCCAAUGACCACCUCUGCUUCUGCCAUUUAAUUUGUUUUAUUUUAUUUUAUUCGGACUGGACUGUUUAUCGUUCUUUUUACAAUUGUAGCAUAAUUUUAAUGACAAAGAAAAGUUGCGCAAAUUAAAGUCCUCGCUGUGGCUUUGGGAAAGGGUAGGUCUGCAAAUGCCAGAGCAGGAGCUUCUGUAAACUAAUUCGGAUUCAACAAAAAAAGGGAAACCUUAAGAGUAACUUCAGAGGAAAUGCAAAAUGCUAGCUCGCAGUGUAAUGCAAACGUGAACUCAAUGACAAGAAAGCAAUUUCCAGCAAUAUGAUUGUGCAACGAGUGAUGGUGUUUGGAAUUCUGGCUUCAGGAAAUCGGCGACAUUGUAAGAUAAAAACAGAGCAAUGGUGGAGAUUUUGAAAGAAGAUUAUGUACUUAAAAUGAACUAUUUAAUAAGUGGAGCAAUCUCUACACCCAGGAAAAGCACAAUUAACUUGAGGCCCCAAAGAUUGUCUUAAUUUUGUGUUUCUUUUAGUAUAUCUUUGUUGUUUUUCCUAUCCUGUUGAGUAAAAACAAAAUCGGUAUGAAAUGUGUAUGAGGUUGGGCUUUGUAUAUUAGGGAUGGAGAAAAUGUUUAUUUUAGGAACUCUGAAGAUGUAUAAAUGUUUUUAGGUAAAAAAAAGGAUAUGUUAUUAAAAAAAAUUGUCUGUGACAACUGCCCUUAAUUACAACAAUAGUACCUAACAUGCAA